GAUUUUGGUCGCCAAAGGUAUCACGGUGCGCGCGUCUGGAAGCAUUUCCGCUCUGGAGAAUUUUCGUUCCGCCGGGCGCCAGCGUUCCUGUGACGCGUUUCCUGUUGGCCGAGCUGCGCACGUGCGGCCGGAAGGGAAGUAACGUCAGCCUGACAACUGAGUAGCUGUACUGUGUGGCGCCUUAUUCUAGGCACUUGUUGGACAGAAUGUCUCACCUGCCGAUGAAACUCCUGCGUAAGAAGAUCGAGAAGCGGAACCUCAAAUUGCGGCAGCGGAACCUAAAGUUGCAGGGGGCCUCAAAUCUGACCCUAUCGGAAACUCAAAAUGGAGAUGUAUCUGAAGAAACAAUGGGAAGUAGAAAGGUUAAAAAAUCAAAACAAAAGCCCAUGAAUGUGGGCUUAUCAGAAACUCAAAAUGGAGACGUGUCUCAAGAGGCAGUGGAAAAUGUAAAAGUUAAAAAGUCUCCCCAGAAAUCCACUGUAUUAACCAAUGGAGAAGCAGCAAUGCAGUCUUCCAAUUCAGAAUCAAAAAAGAAAAAGAAGAAAAAGAGAAAAAUGGUGAAUGAUGCUGAGCCUGAUACGAAAAAAGCAAAAACUGAAAACAAAGGGAAAUCUGAAGAAGAAAGUGCCGAGACUCCUAAAGAAACAGAAAAUAAUGUGGAUAAGCCAGAUAAUGAUGAAGAUGAGAGUGAGGUGCCCAAUCUGCCCCUGGGACUGACAGGAGCUUUUGAGGAUACUUCGUUUGCUUCUCUAUGUAAUCUUGUCAAUGAAAACACUCUGAAGGCAAUAAAAGAAAUGGGUUUUACAAACAUGACUGAAAUUCAGCAUAAAAGUAUCAGACCACUUCUGGAAGGCAGGGAUCUUCUAGCAGCUGCAAAAACAGGCAGUGGUAAAACCCUGGCUUUUCUCAUCCCUGCAGUUGAACUCAUUGUUAAGUUAAGGUUCAUGCCCAGGAAUGGAACAGGAGUCCUUAUUCUCUCACCUACUAGAGAACUAGCCAUGCAAACUUUUGGUGUUCUUAAGGAGCUGAUGACUCACCACGUGCAUACCUAUGGCUUGAUAAUGGGUGGCAGUAACAGAUCUGCUGAAGCACAGAAACUUGCUAAUGGGAUCAACAUCAUUGUGGCCACACCAGGCCGUCUGCUGGACCAUAUGCAGAAUACCCCAGGAUUUAUGUAUAAAAACCUGCAGUGUCUGGUUAUUGAUGAAGCUGAUCGUAUCUUGGAUGUGGGGUUUGAAGAGGAAUUAAAGCAAAUUAUUAAACUUUUGCCAACACGUAGACAGACUAUGCUCUUUUCUGCCACCCAAACUCGAAAAGUUGAAGACCUGGCAAGGAUUUCUCUGAAAAAGGAGCCAUUGUAUGUUGGCGUUGAUGAUGAUAAAGCGAAUGCAACAGUGGAUGGUCUUGAACAGGGAUAUGUUGUUUGUCCUUCUGAAAAGAGAUUCCUUCUGCUCUUUACAUUCCUUAAGAAGAACCGAAAGAAGAAGCUUAUGGUCUUCUUUUCAUCUUGUAUGUCUGUGAAAUACCACUAUGAGUUGCUGAACUACAUUGAUUUGCCCGUCUUGGCCAUUCAUGGAAAGCAAAAGCAAAAUAAGCGUACAACCACAUUCUUCCAGUUCUGCAAUGCAGAUUCGGGAACACUAUUGUGUACGGAUGUGGCAGCGAGAGGACUAGACAUUCCUGAAGUCGACUGGAUUGUUCAGUAUGACCCUCCGGAUGACCCUAAGGAAUAUAUUCAUCGUGUGGGUAGAACAGCCAGAGGCCUAAAUGGGAGAGGGCAUGCCUUGCUCAUUUUGCGCCCAGAAGAAUUGGGUUUUCUUCGCUACUUGAAACAAUCCAAGGUUCCAUUAAGUGAGUUUGACUUUUCCUGGUCUAAGAUUUCUGACAUUCAGUCUCAGCUUGAGAAAUUGAUUGAAAAGAAUUACUUUCUUCAUAAGUCAGCCCAGGAAGCAUAUAAGUCAUACAUACGAGCCUAUGAUUCCCAUUCUCUGAAACAGAUCUUUAAUGUUAAUAACCUAAAUUUGCCUCAGGUUGCUCUGUCAUUUGGUUUCAAGGUGCCUCCCUUCGUUGAUCUGAACGUCAACAGUAAUGAAGGCAAGCAGAAAAAGCGAGGAGGUGGUGGUGGAUUUGGCUACCAGAAAACCAAGAAAGUUGAGAAAUCCAAAAUCUUUAAACACAUUAGCAAGAAAUCAUCCGACAGCAGGCAGUUCUCUCACUGAAGACAUGCCUUCCUUUCAUCUUGAAUAACUUUGUCCUAAAAUGAAUUUUUUUUCCCCCUUGAUUUAACAGGAUUUUUGUAGACUUUAGAAUUUGGACUUACCUAACAAGAGUAUAAAUUGACUUGGGUUGCAAGCACUGAGCACUGUUACUUCUAUCAAGUCUCUCUUUUAUUUCUGGGAUAUAAAACAGGCUUUAAGUUUCUUGGUUGCCCAAGGGCAGAGCAAGGAAUAUCUGGUGUUUCUUGUGAUGAUAAUAUUUUAAUUUUAAAUAUCCCUCCCUCAUACAAGUGUAUGUUACCAUUUUAAUAUAAUUCUUUUUGUACCUUU